GCUCCAAGAGGCGUGGCCUCAGGCGUCCCACGAGGUGAAGAUGCUGCGGGUGGAACCUGCAGGAGCGGGCGGGAUUCGGGGGCGCUAAAGUCGCAGGAGCCGGGCGGGAAGGAAGAUCCGGAGCGGGGCACAGGAUCAGGAGCUGGAGCCCCCAGAUGCUCCAGAAAGGAGCAGAGCCUUGGGCUCUGCCGGCACCGCGCAGGCCUGGCACGGGCAUCGCUGUUGCUCUCGCCCUUGGAGUCUCCCGGAACCCCCAGCCAGCCCUCACCAGCUCACAGGCCCUCCUGCUGCACGAGGAGCUUCCAUCCAGAACUUUCCCUCUGUGAAGAAGCCAGUGUGUCUGGACAAGUGAAGCCAGCUCCAUGUAUCCGGAAUCCACCACAGGCUCCCCGGCUCGGCUCUCCCUGCGGCAGACAGGCUCCCCCGGGAUGAUCUACAGUACUCGGUAUGGGAGUCCCAAAAGACAGCUCCAGUUUUACAGGAACCUAGGCAAGUCUGGCCUGAGGGUCUCCUGCCUGGGGCUCGGAACAUGGGUGACCUUCGGAGGCCAGAUCACCGACGAGAUGGCAGAGCAACUAAUGACCUUGGCCUACGACAAUGGCAUCAACCUCUUCGAUACUGCGGAAGUCUACGCAGCGGGCAAGGCUGAAGUGGUCUUAGGAAACAUCAUUAAGAAGAAGGGAUGGAGGCGCUCCAGCCUUGUCAUCACCACCAAGAUCUUCUGGGGUGGAAAAGCAGAGACGGAGAGGGGCCUUUCCAGGAAGCACAUCAUAGAAGGUCUGAAGGCCUCGCUGGACCGCCUGCAGCUGGAGUACGUGGACGUGGUGUUCGCCAACCGCCCAGACCCCAACACGCCCAUGGAAGAGACGGUGCGAGCCAUGACCCACGUCAUCAACCAGGGCAUGGCGAUGUACUGGGGCACGUCACGCUGGAGCUCCAUGGAGAUCAUGGAGGCCUACUCUGUGGCCCGGCAGUUCAACCUGAUCCCGCCCAUCUGCGAGCAGGCCGAGUACCACAUGUUCCAGCGCGAGAAGGUGGAGGUGCAGCUGCCUGAGCUGUUCCACAAGAUCGGGGUGGGCGCCAUGACCUGGUCCCCGCUGGCCUGCGGCAUCGUGUCCGGGAAGUACGACAGUGGCAUCCCACCCUACUCCAGGGCCUCCCUGAAGGGCUACCAGUGGCUGAAGGACAAGAUCCUGAGUGAGGAGGGUCGGCGCCAGCAGGCAAAGCUGAAGGAGCUGCAGGCUAUCGCUGAGCGCCUGGGCUGCUCCCUCCCGCAGCUGGCAAUAGCCUGGUGCCUGAGGAAUGAGGGUGUCAGCUCCGUGCUCCUGGGUGCUUCCAACGCAGAGCAGCUCAUGGAAAACAUCGGAGCAAUACAGGUCCUUCCCAAACUGUCAUCUUCCAUUGUCCAUGAGAUCGACAGCAUUCUGGGCAACAAACCCUACAGCAAAAAGGACUACAGAUCCUAAGUUGUCCCGCUGCCCACCAGGACAGUUUCCGGCCCCUCCUCAUCUGUUCGCUGCUUAUGCUGUUUCCACACCAAGUGCAGAGUGGGUUUGCAUCUGAGAGAACCCGCCGUGCCCAAACACCACCGGACACGACCUGCCGGUUGCCUUCAGACACCACCCGCUGCUUUGCCGGACGCUGUCAGGUCUCCCGGGGACAGCCCGUAGCCUGCGCAGCUCCUCCUCCGGGAAGAAACCCAGUUUGUACCCAGCCUUUCAUGGAGACUCCCAAAGCCAAGGUCAGGCCAAGACCUGGCUGGGUCCUCAGGUCAGGCAGGGUGGGCCUCUCCUCUGCCGAGAACCCCAGACCUGGGGAAGGGGUCUGGCACUUCCUGGGGGCCCCUCUGCCAGGGCCCCAGUGGGCAGGGUGGGGCCUCCCCUUGGAGUUUCUCCAGUCCCCCUCUUCCCAUGGGCUCCAGGCACAUUGCUGGGCCUGACCCCAGGCACCUCCCACCACUCUCUCCACCCCGAUCCAGCCCUGUGCCCACUGGGCCUUGGCAGGGGUCAUGGCUACCCAGCUGGCCCUUGGGCCCACACUUAACCCUUGCUGGCAGGGGCAGAGACCCCAGGGGGAUUGGGUGUGUGGUUGGGGACCCACAGAAAUUUGGGGAUCUGAUUUCUGGCUAAUCAUCCCGUUGUGUUCAACCCUGUACACAAUCAAAGAGCCCCCUGCCAGGAGGCCAGGGCACUUGGGAAGGAGCCCUGGGGAGCAGGCCCCUCUGUCCUGACCCAGAAGGCCCGAUGCCAAGCACUAUGACCUGGACCAUGGCUGCAGGCCACAUGGCGGGCAGGGGGAGCAGGCCGGGCCCCGCGCACUUGACUGUGUUCCUCUAGGUUAGCAGGGUCCCUCCUCUAACACUCCUGCCCGCGCCAGGGUGAUGGCUUGGGUUCUGAAGAGGCCAUGCUCAGCCCCUUUCCAGGGAAGGUCUCUGGGGUUUCCAUGCUGCAGGUGCAGGGGCUGGGGGCUGCACCAAACAGCAACACACGCCAUGUAGGAAAAGAACUCAGGGACCCGCGCCCAGGAGAGAUGGCCGGGCUGUUCAUUCCCUUCCACACCCGCUCACCUAGGAUGGUCAGAAGGGAGGGAGGGACACUCAGGCAGAGCGUCAGACCCUUAGCAGCAAGGGGCUGAAGAGAGGGUGACAGCCCAGUGGCCCACAGGUGUGAGGCCAUGUGCUGCCUGGCCACGGUCCUGUGUGGGACCCAGCCUUCUCUAUGUAGGACCAGGGCUGUGCAGAAGCCAUGCCCCUACCCUAGCUAUACCAGCUGGCCCCAGGGAGGACCCCGCUCCUCCACCCCAGUGGGUGUCAUCCACCCACACCCUCCGUGCAGGUGCAGGAACAUCUGUCCUGCCACGCCCUUUGGUGGAGCUGACAUUCCAGCAGGCUUCCCCCUGCCCCUGUCCAGGCUGGGUGGAGGCCUGGGACCGUGGCUGGAAGAAACCCACUGAGACACAGGCAGAGGAGGUGGUCGUGGAAGAGGGAGCCAGGGCACCUGGCUUCCUCCGUCUCCCAGGGCGGCCGGCCGGCCCUGGAGUCCAGAACCCCCACACUGCCCCUGGACCAGACCCUGGGGCUCUUCUCCACCAAGCUCUGCCAUGAGCUUCAACCAGAAGCCACCCUGUCAGUGUCCAGAGGGGGCAGUGUCCCUCUAAGCAGAGGCCACCAGGCUGUAGCCGCCCCCCUCUGUGUGGGGACCUCAGGUGGCUGUCUGGGGACAGGUCACCUGGCCCUGGCUGACGGGUAGUACCCGGCCCUGCCCACUGUGGGGAGGAGGAACGUGAUGUGCCUAGUGCCCUGGGUCGGAGACUGCUGCUCCCCAGGGGCCACUCGAGGGAACGUGGAAUCCCUGCUGGCUGCAUUUCCCCAAGAAAGGGAGCACCCUGGGAGGACCUCGGGAGGCCCACAUGCAUGGUAUCCAGGACCCCGGCAGCCUCUGAAUGGCACCUCCACACCCUGGCUCCGGGGGCUGUUCCUUUAUAGCCACCGCAGGGAGAACAAGGCUGGGGUGGGAGCCCGAUGUGGGAGGCGUUGGAGGGGCCUCUGGGGAAGGAUGGUAGACCAAGAGCUAGACAAGGAAGCCUGAAGCUCUUGGCCUGGGCCAGGGGACCGCCUCGGCUCCCUCCCGACUCCUGCUGCCCCUGUCCUCUCCCGGAAGCACGGCCGAGGCCCUCACCCGGAGAGCUGGACAUAGGAAGAGCCCAGUCCGGGGGCUCAGGCUUCACCGCGGAGAGCAGAGCCCGCUCCCACGUGCCCCGAGCCCAUGGUGAAGGCUCAGGUCCUGUUCUCACCCCGCUGCCAUGUUCGUAACUCGCUCUCUCUCUCAUUUUCUAAUGAUCGUGGUUCUUCCACUAUCUGCGUCCCCCCAGGCAGAGACCACCGGACUUCAGCUUCCGGGACAGCCGCGUAUUUAUGGAAUGACAAAUAAAACCCAAGCCCGUUGGCCUCUG